GUAGUUGUUAACAGCAACGAGUGUUGUUCAUGCCGGGUAAUGAAGUGAUAAACAGUUUGUGAUCGUUUUAACCAAAAUUUUCAAAAUGAAAGAACGGACUAUGCAAUAUUUCGUUUACGUUUUUGAGUUAAGAAAUAAACAUUUCUCGCAUCCUAGUGAAUAUUUAUAACACAAACCUUUCAUUUAUAUAGAGUGUAAAUAAUAAACUUUUUAACAUUGUAAAUCUCCGAAAAAUGGAUUACAAACAUUACGGCUCUAUAAGCCUUACUCCUUUAAUCGAAAAGGAAAAGGAAGUGCUCAUUCCUAUCUCACGCCCCACUGUAACUACAGAAUAUCAGGGAUUAAAGAUUUUGGGAAUGUGCAAAUCUACCUAUCUGUUUUCAUUUUACCUAUUUUUCUACGUUUUUUUCCUGUGCAGCGGCGCGAUGAUAUUCUCCUAUUUUGAAAACCCCGAAGAAAGAGCUACAAGACUAACAGUCAGAAUGUCUAUUCAGAAGUUUCUUCAGGCAAAUCCAACCGUACCAGAUAAUGAUUUGGAAGACCUAAUUAAAGAAAUUAUACAAGCCAGCAAUAGAGGAGUGUCAGCUAUCAAAAAUGCCACCGGCGAGCCAAACUGGAGUUUUGGACAGUCGUUGUUUUUCGCCAGUACCGUUGUGACAACAAUAGGUUAUGGUCACGUAACGCCACUAAGCAGAAUGGGCAAAAUAUUUUGUAUGGUGUACGCUAUGGUGGGCAUUCCUCUGACACUGGUACUGCUAUCCGCUCUGGUGGAAAGACUUUUGGUACCCACAGUUGGACUGCUGCAAUGGCUUAAUUCAAGACUUGGACAUUUAUAUCAGCCUUUAAACAUAAGGAUAAUGCAUCUCAUAAUAAUGAUGCUUAUUCUAGUAUGCAUCUUCCUGUUACUUCCAGCUGCUGCCUUCGCCGCAAUAGAACCAGAAUGGGAUUAUCUAGACUCUAUAUAUUAUUGCUUUAUUUCCUUGACAACGAUAGGUUUAGGAGACUAUAUACCCGGUGAUUCUGCCGAUCAACCUUACCGUCCGCUCUAUAAGAUAGCUACUACAUGUUACCUUUUCAUGGGCAUAACCAUAAUGAUGUUAACACUAGCAGUAUUCUACGACAUUCCGCAACUAAACUUGGGACUUUUAUUCACUGUUAAAGAAGACAACAGCUCCGAAAAAGUUAGACUCGCCUCUUCUGGUCAGGACUUAAACUAUGGAGCCAGUACUCUGACGCCACAAAAUGAAGAAAAUACCCACCGACAAGUAGUCAGAGUUCGAUCCAGAAGAAACGACAGUCCUAGUCCAGAUGAUCCCGGUCCAAAAGGGAUUCCCUGAAUAUCAUCCUGUGCGCUGAAUUAAAUGAUAUAAAUACUUUACUGAUAUGGGAUGUUAAACAACGAAUUGAGAUAAGUUUGGAUGUAAAAUAUUUCCGAUACACUUUAUUUUGACUAAGUUUUGUGGGGUGGAUAUGGCAAUUAAGUGUUUUUUUGUGUAUAAUAAAAAUUUGAGGUUAAUUUAACUU